AGACCCCCACAAAUCAUUUUCCAACCCCCUCAUGUUGAACCUGAAACUGGAGCUAGCAUCCUGGGAGAAAAGGGGAUGGCCUUUGUAAGAUCCACAUUCUUUUGCAACAUGGCUUUCCUAUCCAUAUCUAGGCACCCCUCUAUGGGAAGGAGCUGCUUAGCAGAAUUGGAGUUAAAGUAUCACAUGCUUUCUUAGAUCAAUGAAACUAUUCCAAAGCAGCCCUCUCUAUCUCACCUUUCUGACUUGAACACUCCAUGACUCACCAUUUGCAAAUGUCCAGCCUCAGCCUCCCUAACAGGAAAUAAAAUGUUAGGGUGAAGGGGGGUGAAUCAGUAGAGUCCAUGGGAAAGCAACUGGGGAGAAAGGGGCUACCAAAGAAUCAUCAUGUCGGCUUAGGGGGAUUCACCUACAGGGUAGAUAUCCUUUCUGUCAGCCAGUUAGAGAGAGGUAGAAGCUCUCCCCACAAAAGGGACUUUACACAGUGCUGAGAUGCUAGGUCAAUGUAGCAGUUCCAAAGCUUUUGCAUUCCCCACAGAAAUAUGAAUAGAGAUUACCCCAGAGUCAACAGGCCCAUUUAAGAAUAUAUUGUCCCAUUGUCCCCCAGAGCCUGCUUUAACUUAGACCAUGUGUUCUGCUUGCUAUGAAAGAUACCUUCACUGCACCCAUAGAUGAUGAGGCAAAUACCUAGUUGGUCCCUGAAGUAGCUUCAUUAUGCAGCCCUCCCUCCUCUUACACUGAAAAAUUCAGACUCAUACCCAGAUAUAUGCCUUAGAUAUUUGCACACAGUACACAGCAUACAGCCACACACAGAUAAAUGAACCCCUUCUUACACCCAGACUAAUAUACAUAAAACCCCCACCCACAUUCUACUCAGCUUGUCAGCAUCUAAUGGAUCCAGCCAUAGUGCCACUAAUACUCCUUCCUAUAAACACUUGACUUUUGAACUAUCUUUCAUUGGCUCAAGUUCAAGGGAAUAGACAGUGAGAGUCAACUGCCUUUCCCUCCAGCUUCCCAGCAUGCCCCUUAUCUCUGUCUCACACUUCACCCUUGGCCCCAACUUCUUUCCUUGUGCUUAAAAUCCUUGCUGGGAAGCCCCUUGGCUUCUAGCUUCCCUUUCCACUCUUGGGAAAAUACCUAUUUUCUGGUCCCCACCUUUUUCCUUUCCCGAAUGCAGGUCCCCACCAGUGGAAUCUAACCUCAAAACAGGAAGCCUUAGGCCAAUGCCCUAUGUGGGACUGAAGGUUACGCAGGCAAUGGGUGUGGGGUAAAGGCUUCCUGAAUGUGCCCCUCCCCAUGCCACCCCAUGGCCCCGCUCAUAACUGAUGGUCUUCACUAGUCCCUGGCACUUAUCUUGGAACCACAGCAGGUGACAAAACCGUCCCAGUCCUUCUCUCUGCCUGCUCUGAGCCCAGCAGUGUCAUGGGGAACUGUUUGCAACGGGUGGACUCCUCCUCCUUCACUGGUGACAACUCGAGUAACUUUAACUUUGAAGAUGACUUUUCAAAGUUUUGGAAUGAAUCCUACGGAUCUGGUGACUAUAACUACACUGGACUGGAAGCAGCUGCCCCCUGCCGCUCCUGUAAACUGCUGGAUGAGUCCGCACUGCCUUUCUACAUCCUCGCCAGUGUCCUGGGUAUCCUAGCUAGUACAGCUGUCCUGUUUGCUUUUCUCAGACCUCUAUUUUACUGGCAGCUGUGUCCUGGCCGGAAGAUCCUUGUACAGUUAGCUGUGGGCAGUACCCUCUUCAGCAUCUCAGUGCCCAUCCUGGCACCAGGGCUAAGUGGUGUCCAUGACACCCACCUGUGCCACCUGGCCCAUUUGGUCUGGUAUGGUUCAGCCUUUGCCCAAGCUUUGCUGUUAGGCUGCCAUGCCUGCCUGGGCCCCAUAUUGGGUACAAACCAUGUCCCAGGCCUCACUCUGGGGCUCACUGUGGGACUUUGGGGAGUGGCAAUUCUAUUGGGGCUGCCAAUCACUCUGACCAGUGACACUUCCAAUGGACUCUGCACCCAGACAUUCAGCCAGGACAUUUUGCAGUUUAUGCAUGCUGCUGCUUGUUUUGCCAUCUUUUUCCUGUUGCCACUGGGUUUAUUGGGAGCCAAGGGCCUGAAAAAGUUAUUAGACAGGGAGCCAUGCCCCUGGAUUGAUAUCCUAUGGGUCUGGUUCAUUUUCUGGUGGCCUCAUGGAGUACUUCGGGGAUUGGACUCCCUAGUGAGGUCCAAGUUUUUGGUAUUAGCAUCAUGUCCAGCCCAGCAGGCCCUGGACUUGCUGCUGGACCUGGCAGAAGUCCUGGCAAUAAUGCACUGUGUGGCUACACCUUUUCUCCUGGCUCUGUUCUGCCACCGGGCCACUCGUACUUCCAUGCCCUCCUUGUCUGUCUCAACGAGACAGUCCUCCCAUCUGGACACCCUUGAAGGAAAAUCUUAGCUCUCUUCCACCUGCCAACCUGAAUUAAAGUCUACAUUGCUUUUAUAAAGCUGGUGGUUUCUUAUUUUAUCUGAAGAUACAGAGAAGGGGAAGGAAAAUGAUGAAAGAGAGGGAUUUCAUGACAGAUUGUCUUGCUAGCAUGUGUUUCUCUGGCUGGCUUGAGGAGAAAGUUAAUGAUGUAAAAACAUCCUCUGGGCACACAGGUGUUCUCUGGAGGUGUGGGGUUGCUGCCAUCUCUUCCACAGGGGAAGAGAAAGAAGACAAGAGUAUGAGGGGAGCAACUAAACCUAAAAAAAACUGUAAGAGAUAGCUUAGAAGGUAAGGGAAGAAGAGAAAUUGCUAUAGAAAACAAAUGAAAGAAAAAUAGAAACUGGAGAAAGCAAAGCAGAGAAGUGAAGAUGAGCUCCAAGCAUGACAUCUCCUCCCUGUCUUCACUGUUCUACCUUCCUAUGUGCCUUUUGUCUUUCUGACAUCUGUUGGCUCUUUUAAGAGAUCAGGGUGGUGGUGGGAAGGGUGGGGAGAAACCUUACUUAGUUCAGAGAAUCUAUCAAAAUAUCUAGAAGCCACUACCUAGGAGUCAUCUCUCUGAACUUGAUUCCUCAUCAUGACUUUAAUCCAGAGGUGUCAAACUCACUUUCACUUGCGGGGGGGGGCCACAUCAGCCUUGCAGAUGCCUUCAAAAGGCUGAAUGUAAUUUUAGGACUGUAUAAAUGUAACUGCUCCUUAACAGUUAAGUGAGAGCUCUGCACUGUCACCAGGUAGAAACAAGGUGCCGGGCCAGAUAACACAAGAUGGAGGGCGGGAUUUGGACCGAGGGCCUUAUGUUUGCCACCUGUGCUUUAAUGCCUGUGCAUGUGUACACGUGUGCACAUGUACAUCUGUAUCCCAUGUGUGUCAAACCCACAUCCAUGAUACAUGCAUGAAUGUAAUAUGCGUUGACAUGUCUUCUCUCCAUCAGUGUGUGAAUUGCACAUACUAUGUGUGUGCUCUGACCUAUCAGCACUCCCUCUACUUUAUUCUGCUCUUCAUCCUUGUUCUCAGAAUAUGGAAUCAGGAAUUAUGACACACUCACUCCCUACACUUGAGUUUUCUUUACCCCCCAUUUCUGUGCCUAGUCUUUUCUGCAUAGGUUGUGUAGAGGGAACUACAAAUCAAGAAGUCGUGCAACAUGAGAAACUUAAAGAAGGGGUCUGACCUGAUUCAUUUCUGCUUAGAAUCCCCAAAAUUUCCCUUUCAAAUCCCAGCUCUUGGAAUAAGCCUUUCUUUUCCAUACAAAUCUUUGCAUUUAUCUUCCACACUGUACCCCUAUACUCUGGACACCUCUUCCUUAAAUGUCCCCUGAUUUUUUGGGCUGUUAGUCUUGAUCCUGGAGGCUUUUUCUCAACCCUUAUAUAGCCACAUUGAGGUGAGGAUGGGAAGAACAAUGAAAAAGUCUCUCUAGAUUAGGGGAACAACUUCUACUGCUACCAACAAGUCCACACUACCCAAGAUCACACACACAAAUGCACAAACAGACAAAAUGUGUUUAUUUGAGUUUCUCCAACAAAUAAAAACUGGGGAAACUUGAGAGGAUAUUCUUACAUCUGAAUACAAAUGUGGUCAUUCCAUUUUUCAAAGAUGAGCUACAUCUGGCUCCUGCCCUACACCAAUUCUGCUUAACUUUUUGGGCUUGGAGAUAUCUAGCAGAGUGCAAGAGAGAAACGGAGAUGAGCUAGAGUAUCCUAGGCAGGUUGUGCAAAAGGGCUGGGAAAUUUUCCCGGGUGGGGGCAGUAACAAACCCUCUAACCCUCCCCGCCCCAACCUCCUGUCUCUUUGUAACUACUAGGUUAGCUUCUUAUUGUGCAACCUAAAUUGAAAUAUGGGAUUUAGGGACUGAUUAAGUUAUGGGAGACAUUCUAAAAGAGAAAGGAAGGGAAAGAAAAUUAGGAAGAAAAAUAAUACACAAACCUAAAUUAUGUUAAGGUCUUCAGCCACAGUUCAUGAAUAAGUUCCAGCGUUUUCGUUUUCUCUCACUCUCUUUUCAGUCUUCUCUCAUAAUUCCCCCUCCAGCCUCAGUCCUAACAGACAUUGCUCAACUUACCUACAAGGUACUGAAUUAUUGGAGUAGGUUGACUUAGUUAAGGGGAAGGCAAGGGUGUCUUCAACUUGCUGAAUCUUUCAUUGUUAACCUGAAGCAAGUGAAACUUAAUUUAAGAUUAUUGGGGUUGUUUUAUCUACCCCCAUCCCCAGCUUGUGCCUCCAGGUAAAAGUACCUCCUUUUUCAGACCAGUUAAAGAGAACCCCAGAUAAUUCAACUGAUAUCACAUCUCUCACAAAGGAAAGGCAGAAGCAAAAAUCUGAAGUCAAAAAGAGGUCAGAGGUGGUUGGAAAUACCUUCUUACAGUUAUCUCUUUCCCAUUCCACCCUGCCAACUUUGUCCUAGUACCUCCGGUACCUGCUUCUACCUGUUAUUAUCUAGGCUGUAUUUGGAUAGCUCUUCAGAAAGUCUAACCCUAACCUCAAUCACUACUUUAAGGCUUUCCUCAGAGUUCUGUUAUCCUAUUCCAUUUAACCCACUGUAUGCCACCAACCAUUAUUCUGAACAUUAUUCUGAAUCUGGCUUCUUUUCUGCAGCCUUUCAGGAAUACAGAUCCUGUUUUCUUAGAACUCUUAAGAAUUUAAUUCCAGGAUUGGCAGGGACUUUUGCUGUGUAUGAGUUAUUGGACCUCCAAACUAAAGAAAAAAAAUCCAUUCAGGAAGAUGAGAACCAAGGAACAGGCUCUUGGGAGCACACACGCUCUGGGGAGGUUCAGUCUGCAAAGCUUCUUUAAGGAAAAAGAUUUAUUUCUUAAGGGAAGGUUGAAGAUCACAUUGAUGCCCAUAGUUCAUUUAUUCCAAGCUCAGGCCCCUCCCAGAAGAUUUAGGAAACAAGUAGCUGGUCUUCACACCCUUUUAUUUAUACCUAUUACCCUUUACCCUGUCCAGACCCAUUUCAGAAGCCAACCCCAGAGGAAUUCUAAUUAAGAACUUCACUGGGAUUUUAAAUCCAACCCAUUGCAAAUUCCAAUUGCCAGGGAUUUGCAAGAAAACCAUCAUGUGCUAUCUAAUUAUUCUGACAUCAGCAGCCCUCCGUCUGGGCACAAGGAGAAUUGCAGUUUUAAUUAGCAACGAUGGACCUUGCAGACCAAUGUAACUAUUUAGGUUAAUUAACAAGUCCAAAUCCUUCUAAACCAUCUCUACAUAUCUUCUAGGUGGUUCAGACAGGAAAGGUGUGAGAAAAUUUAAAAAUCAGUUCAGCAAAAUGCACAUUAGCUUUUAUUUUUCCUGUAACUCCUUGGUGAAGGGAAGAGGAAAUUUCCAAGAAAGAGAGGCAUUUGCAAAAUGGAUUUGGGGGAUUUUGGAGGCAUAGCUUGAGGGAGAUUUGAGAUAGCUUUAUGUCACACUUAGAUUUAGAAAAACUCUUGUAUAUAUUUGUAUAAAUGAGAGGGAAAAGUCCUUGUUAUUUUCAAAUACCUCUAAUGCAUUGUGUAGUUGUUUGCGAACUUGGUUUCUAAAACAUGAGAACCCCAAGUUUCCCCUCACUGCUCAUUACUCCUCACCUUUCUGCGCAUGUUUCUACCACAUUUUGGGGACACUUAAAGCUGUCUACUUCCUUAGAUUUCACAGAUAAUAUCCCAAGUUCCAUUUGCCCUCUUCAUGGAUGAUUGUUUGUACUUUUUUCCUAAGUAGUUCUCUGAAUUCUGGAAGAACACGCUGUGUAUUCUGAAGGAUCUGUUCCUUUUCUUCUUCCUCUACAUCAGGUAUAUUAACUUUUGGGGGAGGAGUCUUUUAGAAAAUCUGAUGAAAUUUAUGAAGUUUCUCUUCAGGAAAACAUAGCAUUAUGCACAAAUUUGACAUUUGGUCCUUAGAGUUAAAUUCAAAUGCUUUCUCACUGCCUAGCAGGACUUCUAUGACUAGGCUAUGUUUUUGUCUCCCCUUUGCUCAUUAAGCUUGAGAGGCUCAAUGGCCUGAAGAAAUGUCUAUUCUUUUUUUAAACUUUUUAACUUUUUUUAUUGUUGUUCACGUACAGUUGUCUCCAUUUCCCCUCCACCAUUACCUCCACCCCAGCCAUCCUCACCCCCCAUCCUUGAUCCCAUCCCUCUUUGGUUUUGUCCAUGUGUCCUUAAUAGGUGUUCUUGAAAACCCUUCCCUCUUCCCCUCCCACCAUUAUCUAAUCCCACCUCCCCUCUGGUUACUGUCAGUUCUUAAUUUCACUGUCUCUGGUUAUAUUUUGCUUGCUUGUUUGUUUUGUUGAUUAGGUUCCACUUAUAAGUGAGAUCAUAUGGUAUUUGUCUUCACCACCUGGCUUAAGAAAUGUCUCUUCCUUUAGGGGUCAAAUCCUGCUUCCAUUCUUUGCACUAGACAUUUCCUCUACAUGAAACACUUAUUUCUGUUUUAUUUAUCUUGCUGCCAUCCUUGGGGCCUUAAGGCAAAUAUUGCCUUCUCCAAGAGAUGGGAUGUAGCCCCAACUCACCCAUGCUCUCAAUGAUUCUUCAUCAAUACACAUGGAAUGUUUUCAGUGUGACCUUCAUCACACACUGAAAUUGUUUAUUUGUUUGCUUAUCAGUUUGUUACUAACUUACCAUCACCUCAUUCCACCACUGGAAAACAAACACCAAGUAUGCAAGAACCUUUUUGGUAAUGAACAUAUUCAGAGCUCAGUAUACAUGUGCUAAAUAUGUGAAUUAAUUUUGUGUAAAUAAAAUGUGCCCAACUCUAGAGGGUUUACAGUCUCACAGGGGAAGAGGAACAAAUAAGCAAGGAAUUAGUACAGAAUAAAUGCCAGAAAACAGAUCUCCUCUCCCUAAGCCCUCUGGGGAACUUCUCCAUACCAGUCAAUAAUUUAGGGGCAGAAAAGACGGAAGGAUUAUCCGUACACAAUUUUUUGCUUGCACACCUGUUGCUGUGUCCACUUUUGGCCAGCUGGAGCUGGAAGACUUCACUACAUUUCCUGACCCACACAUUGGAGGACCUUUGGGACAUUGUGGGUUUUGAACAGUAGGGGAUGGCUGUGAUUUUCACCUUAGCCUGAG